UGUCACUCUACCUGUUCGAUUUAUUUCUGUGAUGCACAGUGGGAAGUUUCAUUAUCAUUUUAAUUUUAUGUCUUAAAAUUGUAUGUCUUAUGUCUCCAGAUGAUAAAGUAGUGGUGUUACCAUAGUCAAGUCUAGGUGAGGCAGUAGGAGCUGGAAUUAUGUUUCCUGGGGUGUUUUAUGCGUUGAUCGCCGGGUUUUUGGCAGCUUUAGCAUCAUCUUCUGCUAAGUUGUCUUUGGGUGCUGAUUAUCUUAAAGGUGUGUGUGAAACAGUGCUGAUCCGGAUAGAUGGGCAGGGAAACACUACAGGAGUUGAUACCACAGCUUGUGACUGGUUACACAUACCUCUGCGGCUGCUUUGUGGUGGUCUUUUGUUCACCUGCAAUGCUGUAAUGUGGACCUUCUUCGCCAAAGCCCUCCGACACUCGUCUUCCUCUGCCCGGGCCACUGUGACCACCACUGCCUCAAAUUUUAUCUUCUCUGCUUUCCUUGGACAUGUGAUCUUUGGCGAAACACAUGCCACGCUGUGGUGGGUUGGUAUCAUCUUGACCCUGACAGGGCUUCUGGUCUUGCAUGGAUCGACUCCUCAGUCUCCACAGGAAAAUGUGGGAAAAAAAUAUGAGUGACAGAACAACACAAACAUUGCCUUAUCCAAUGCUUGAAGUCAAAUCAAUCAAGUCAGAUGGUGUGUAACUUAAACCAUGUAAAGCUAUUGAGCUAAUAAGAAUUAUGCACUUUUAUUUCUGUCAUGGGAUUGUUUUAUACAAUCUUUGUAGUUAAUUUAUUAUUGUGCAUCAUGAUGUGCAUCAUGGUAAUGUUAAUAUUGACACGAUCAAAGCCUUGAAAUGUGUCUCACUUUGUGCCUACCUACCUCAAUCAAGUAGGUGAAUGCAUACUUCAGCCGUCAAGGGCACAUUAUGCACGUUUAUAAUAUAUUAAUUUAUACUCUUGGUAACUACUACAUUAAAUAUGUAUGUCAUACUGUGUGAUGCUGAUACACAAACGCUAUUUUUAUUAUUUAUGUGUUUAUUUUUGCUGUAUAUUUGACCAAAUACAGCUGUGGAUCUUAUUUUGUUUUACUGUUAAACGUAAUGUUUGUAACUUUUUAAAGUCUUCCAAACUAAAACCUAUUUAAACUUGCACUCCAAAUAGUGAACAGGCACACUCAGAUAUAUUCAUUUUUGUAUAUAUUUUAAUAAUAAUACAUUACACUGUUUUACCUCAUACAAAUUAUAUUUGGAUUAAAUAGCACCUGAUAAGCAAAAUGUGGUUUAAAAAAAAAAUCCACAUGUAUUUUAAAAUGAAAAGUUCUUCUGUUGUGUGUCAUUUUGAGUAAACCACUGACCUGGACUCUAUUUUAAACCCAACCACAAAGGCAGCAUCUGUUGAGCACAGCUGGCCAUUACAAUGUAUUCUGCUCUGAAAUCACAUCUGAAAAUUGACUUGAUACUACCUAGUCAACCAAUGAGAAAUAUCAGGUAAUGGAAAAAAAAUCCAAAACAAUAGCAUAACAAACAACGAGCCUGUAAUGGAAAAAGAUGUACAAGUAUUUUAUUUUUUUAAAGGUCGUAAAUACAAUGAAAAAGACAGAUAUGACAUAGAACAACAAUAAAAAUAAGCAAUAUAUCAAUCAGAUCCUGGGAUGGUAAAUCUGAUAUGUGCUUUUGACAAUUAUGGAAAAGUCUUAACAGGUCUACAAAUAAGCACCAUAAUUUUAUAUUAUCAAAUACUGCACCAGAACUUGCAUAGUCAUGGGUUUAUGCCUUUUUCAAUGUCAGGCCAUUUUAAGAGUCUUGUAGUACAUUAAGGCAACAUUAGAGAUUUUAUAGUUUUAACUGUGAUAUUACAUCUUAAAAAGG